GUGUAUAGUCGCGUCGCCUUUUUUGACAUCGCACCUAAAUCACUUUUUUUCCUUUACAGUAAAAAGAACAGACAUUCUACGCGUCUGUAGUACUGAAUGAAGCACCUUCCAUUACGUGUCUAAUCGAAAUUGAUUAAACAUUUACCCAUAAGGAGAAAUUCGGGUUUUGGCUGCUGAUUGACGAAAAACCCAUAGAUUUUUGUGUUUGAAAGAAAAUUCGAUUCGUAUUUUUGUAAUUGUUCAAAUAAUUUUAAUCUCCUGUUGUGGAUAAAGCAGACAAAAUGAGAGGUGGUGGUCGUUCAUUUUCAUCCCGAGGUGGGCAUUCAGGCGACCGAGAUUAUGGCAGUAAAUUCAGAGGCGAUUCUUAUCGAGAUGGUGGUUCAUCCGGUGGCCGAUUCAACAACCAAAGCAGAGGAAAUGAUCGCCGGUUUGAUGAUGGCUUCGGUAAAAGUGGCCCAUCAAGUCGUAGAUCACGAUAUGAUCGCCGAUCAGCAGAACGGUUCACACAUGGCCAUAGUGAUCGUUCAAAUCGGAAUGAUCCACGGGGCGAUUCGUUGGCAAAAAAGAGACCUCGGCAUGAAGGCAAUAGUGGGUCGAGACGUGAUUUCGGCAACAAUCUAUCUGAUAAUAAUCGGCACAGUCGACAUUAUUCGAACGGAGAUAUUGGUCGGAAUAGCAACAACCGCAACAACAGGCGCUCUCCACUGCCCAAACCCAGUCCAUUUUCACGUCACGGAAAUGUUGAGAAAAACUCGUCGCAUCGUGCAAAAGAACGUACACUCGUGAAUAAGACGAUUCGCAAAUUCAGCGGAAAGGGAGCAACAGCACGCGAAAAGGCAGAAACGAACUCACGAAUCCGCAGAUCAAAGCUGGUAACAUCUUUGCGUUCAAACAUUCUACGGCGUCGCUUAGUCAACAGAAAUCGGGAUGCCGUGAGACGUGCUAAACUGAUGCGGAGUUCACUGAAGAAACGUGAUACGGCUGCAAAGAAAAAAGUCACUGAGGGGGAUGAAGGCGAAAAGACGGAAAAACCGAAAACUGAAGAUAACGAUUUGAAAUCAGAUGUUGAAAAAGAAACUGAGAAAAAGAAAGCAACUAAGAAACCAUCUGCAGAUGAUGCCAUCGAGAACGAGGAAAAUGUUGCCGAUGCUUCUGUGGAAGAAGCUGCAAAUGAAGAAAACGAAAUGCAAGUCGACAAGUCUGACAAUGAGGAUACUGAGUCUGUGAAAAAAGGUGACGAUAAAGAAAAACGAAAGAAAUUCGUUCGACUCUUCUGCGUGCACUGCCGUAUAGAAAGUGCUACAUUCAAGGAUUAUAACAAUCACAUUCACAGUCGCAGCCAUAAAUUAGUGCUAGGCCGCUAUGGUUUGAAGCAAAAAACUCGUUUGGCACGAAUGCGAUUAGCUCAACGGAAUGCACAACGUCAACUCGAAAAAGAGUUGAAAGACAUGGAAAAACUAACGCCACAAUUUUGUAUGUUAUGUCGUUUAAAUUACCGUUCACCCAAAGAGGAACAUCAGGCAUCUGAAGCGCAUCGUAAAAUGAAAGAGUUCUUGAUGCCCUACUGUGAGACAUGCUCCGUGUCAUUCAAAAGCCCAAUGUCUUACGAAAUUCAUCGAUGUUCCGUAGAACAUCUCAGGCGCAAAGCAAACAAGGGCGAGGAAAGUGACAUUGAAGAAAGUGAAGAGCUACAAGUGGAUUUGGAGAACUUUUUGAUUGUUGACUCAGUUGGGGAUGUGAAUGGAGGUGAAUUUCCAUUUAAUGACGAAAGCGAAGAAAAUACCGUUGCUGAUGUCAAACCAACAGUUGACACAUCGCGUGCCGAAAUCAACGUAGGCAACGAACAUGUGAAAAAAGUCGAGGUGUUAUAUUGCGAACUAUGCCGUUAUUAUUUGCCACAUUUGGAAGACCCAGAUGCGGCUCUACAAAAACACUGCAGCACACGUAAUCACUUGCGUGCUUAUUUGCGUUACAAAGAAAACCAAUCCUUGAAGAUCACUGCCGAAAUGAUUCACCGAAGAGAUCAUAAGGAGAAGCACUCGAAGAAGGACUCCAAGUCUGGGGACUCUGAAGCUAAACGCUCUGAAUCGGUUGCUAAAACAGAUGACGAAACCACUGAUAAAGUUUGGGAGGAUACUGACAAAGAUUGCAAUCAAAUCGAGCAAUCAAAUAUAGAAAAUAAUAAUGAGGAUGAGGAUGAUGCAUCAGUCGAACGCUAUGACCGUUUCAAAAAUAGCGAGAAGGCCGAUGAGAUUGAAGUAUCUGAAAGUGACGCCGACAGAGAACUUGAUAGCUCAAAAAAUGAGACAGUCAACCAAAAUGGAACUGAAUCCGUUGCAUAAUUCGAGUUCAGCACAUAAAUACUUACAAUGCAGAAAAUAAAAUAUAAACUUGCACGUGUGAAUGAAAAAUUAAAUAAAAACUAUAAAAUGAUUAAGAUCAAUUACAGGCUAAACGUUUAUUGUAUCAAUUGAAAUGUGAAAAUACAUUGAAAUAAUCAUUCAGAAAA